AUGCUAUCGAUACUCCCCCGACUGUCCCGAUCGGUCCGGUCCAUUUCGACAUCAUCGCAGCUCCGAACCUCACCGCCCCCAUUCCCGUACGAGCGCAUCCACACGCCUGUGAUGCUCAACGAAGUCAUCCAGCACCUGAGCCCGCAGGACGGCAAGACGUAUCUGGACGGCACAGUUCGGCGAAGUGUAACGGCGCUUGAUCAGGACCCGACGGCGAUUGACAAGGCAGAGAGGCUGGCCGCCUUUUUGGCGAUCUCGGUAAUCUGCAAAGCCAAGUUUGACGGCAUCGUUCUUGACAUUGGCGUGAGCUCGAGCCAGAUCGCGUCCGAGGACCGCGGGUUCUCGUUCCAGCUCGCCGACUCGCCCCUCGACAUGCGCAUGUCGUACUCGCAGGAACACGGCGCUCUGACCCGACUCCUGCCGGCACAUGCGAUAGUGAACCAGUUUUCCGCCCCUAUCACCACUACCGGCGAGCUCGUCGAGGCGGUGCUGGCAGCCGUGCCCAAGAGCUACAAGUGGCAGAUCCACCCGGCCACGCGCGUAUUCCAGAGCCUGCGAAUUGAGGUCAACGACGAGCUAGGGCAGCUGGACAGGGCGCUGGACGCAGCAGUGGAGGCGCUGAACCCUGGGGGCAGGCUGGUGGUGGUGUCGUUCCAUUCGCUGGAGGAUGCUGUGGUGAAGAAGCGGUUCAGGGCGUGGACCGAUUCGGAGGCGGUCUCUGAGAACCCGCGGGCACGGUCGGCCAAGCUUCGGGCCAUCGAGGUUUUGUGA